UGUAUAGUCAAUUUUUUGCGAUAUUAGUAAUUAACUUUACACUUUUUAGCAAUGAAUAUAUUCGUUGUUUUGGCUGUCGCGGCCUUUUUGGCCAGUGUGGAGGGAACACAAUUAGAAGAAGACCCCAAAUUGGGAGGAAUUAUAGAUUGGGGAGUGAAUGCGACAAUUAAUGUUAUUGUAGAAGAAUUGGACGAAAUAUUCGAUUUAAAUGAAUUUAAUAUUCCUAUAAAAAACCCAUAUAUUAAAGGAAAUAUUUCAGUGGAUCAUGUCGAGAUUAUUGGAAUAAAAAAAAUGGUAGCGACAGCUAUACGUUUAAAGGUCCUUCCCCAUAUUAAUGCAGAUUUAACAUUUUCUUUACCAAACUUAACUGUUGCCAUAUAUAACUAUUCUGUGGACUUGAAGCUUUUCAAUAUUGUACCAUUGGUCCUAAAAGGAAACAUAAGUUUUUCCUUUAAUGAGUUUGAUUUCUUAGUUAUUGCUGGCGUUAAGAAAAUGGCGAUAGAUGAUUUACAAUUUUGCAUGAACAUGAAGGAUUCUCAAUUCCACAUAACUGGUCUUUACAACAAAGCUUUGAGCCAAUAUGUGAGCAAAACUCUUACAGAAACAAUAGCUCCAUUUGUGAAUAAUUUUGCUGCCAGAAUAACCGAAUUUGUGAGCCCCUUAUUGAAAAACGUCAUAAAUAGUGACCGAAAAACUUUAGAAACGAUCCUGAGUAAUUUUGAAGGCAUCAACGAAUUAAAUUAAUACCUAUCUAAAUUUUAUUAUUUGUUGUUGCAUUAAUAAAUUUAUUUUAUGAGGUA